ACGAACGAAAAUGCGCAAAGGUUUCAGAUCGUCGGUUGUAUGUUUAUGGCUGCCUAUUUUUGCUAAAAUUAUGUAUUCGUUCGUAAGAAAAAUCGUCUAGCUCAAAUAAACUGCAAUCGAUUUCCAUAAAGAUGGAUAAACAAAAGACCCAAGCACUUUUCAAAUGGGUUCAAAUACUUCUGGAUAAACCAAAAAUCAAUUCUUUUGGGUUAUUCGACGAUGGUGUUAUUCUUUUGGACAUUCUUAAACUUGUCGAUAAAGACUCCUGGACAGACGAAUACACAGAUGAUCCAUCUGGGAGACUGGAAUGUAUUUUCACGUAUCUUGAAGGAUUGUAUAAAGAUCUGAGAGAUGCAGUUAGCAAAACGGCAGUGUUGGCAGGAAAUCAUUUUGAGACUGCAAAGUUACUGGCAGUUACUCUUGUUGCUGCUGUCAAUUCAGAAAGUGUACAUGGAUUUGUAGAACCAAUAAUGACAUUAUCAAAAGCAUAUCAGAUGAAUCUUAUGUGUCUUAUAUCAGCCGUAAAUGAGAGACCACCAGAACGAGAUCUUGGCGAGCUCCUGCAUGAAGCAUUAUGCAGUGCCGUGACUGCUGAAGAAUCCUUACUAAUCAAGUCACCUUCAAGUUUUAUUUGUUCUCCUGGCUAUUCAUAUUCCCCAUUCGCAAGCUUUGUCAGCUCACCAGCUACACAUAUUAAUGGUCAUGUACGCAACAACUCACAUAGCUCAUCAAUUGCUGCAGAUUCACCCUUCAGAUUAAUUGGAUCACCAAGAGUUGUUGAUAGAAAAGAACUGUUUGAAAAGAACAAGCUAAAUGUGAGAAUUAGAAGACUGAAUUCUAGUCUUGCAACACAGCAUCAUAUGAUUGAUGAUCUAGAACAUCGACUAGAAGAAUCUAAAAAGAAAAACGAAGUACUCGAAAGCAUGAAUAAAGAUUUGAAUUCAAGGAUAAAAAUUCUCCUUGGAUUACAAGAUGAAGUAUCGUCUCUAAGAAUGGUUAAAGUGGAGUUGGAUACCAAGGAAAAUAUCAUUGAAAGGGUCAAUGAAAGAUUGGCUAAAGCAUUGGAAGAGAAAACACUCCUUUCUGGUGAAGUUUCCAGCUUGAAAACACAAUUUGAGGCCGAACUUCAAGAAAAGACCGAAAAGUUGGAUCGCAUUCGGAAGGAAAUGGAUAAACUGGAAUCAAGUGAAAAUGCUUUGAAGAUAAAAAAUGCUGAGCUUUGUGAUAGCGUUGAAAUAAAAGAGGAAGAAUUUCGAAGAGUUGUUGGAGAAAAAGAUCAGCAAUGCAAAGAACUGCUGGAUCAUAUCGGCUUUCUAAAAGAAAAACUUGAAGAACCAAAUAACAAAGAGGAUGCCUUUGUUGUAAUUGGUGAUGAUCAGAAAUGCUUGAAGAGUGAGAUAUAUGUAGUUACACUCGAGGAAGAUCUCAAAAAGGCUACUGAAGAGCUGAAUGUGACCAAGGAAAAACAUGAGAGCGCGAGAAAGCUGAUAUUGGAGUUGAAGAAUGAACUGAAUGAAAACAAAUUGACCAAUGUAUCCUUGAACAAUGAUCUGGAAUCAAAAGAUGCUGCAUUAUGUGAACUGAGAAGUAUUUUUGAAAAAGACAUGCAAGAUGCUAAAGAAAGGGAAGAGAAGCAUAUGUUGAAAAUAUCGGCACAAGAGUCGACGAUCAGUGAAAUGGAAGAACAAAUGUCAAUCAUUAAGGAUGCUAGUGACGCUUUGAAACGGGAGAAAGAAGAACUACAUGUAAAGAUGGAGCAGGAGAAAGAUUUGUUCAUAAGGUCACUUCAUGAAGAACAAAUGAAGCUACAAAAUGCACAACUUGAAGUAACAAACAUCAAAUCAGCCAAGGACGACCUUGAAAAGCUAUGUAAAGAUCAAUGCAGCGAGUUUGCCAGAAAACUGGAGAGGAUUGAAGAACAACACGAAGUAGACUGCUACAAAUUAAAAGAAGAUUUCCAGAAGAAAAUAAGCCUCUUGGAACAGAGCAUGGCGGAGAAAACAGCUGCAUUGAAACAGGCCCAACAAACCCACAGCCAUCUUCUUAAGUCGAAGAAAGCAGAUGAUGAUAUAUUCUUAGCACGAAUCUCUGCCUUGGUAGAGGAAAGGGAGCAUGCUGUCUUUUCUGUCAGGUUGGAAAUGGACCAGAAGAUCAGCGAAGCUGACAAGGACAGAGAGGAGCUUGCAAAUGAGCUUGAGACGACGAAGAAUGAGAAAAGUGAAGUUGAAGCUGUAAACAUGCAACUACAAAAGACAGUGGAACAAACUAAAACUGAGCUUCAGAAAUGUGAAUGCCACUUAGAAGACACUCGGCGCAUCUGCGAGGAGAAGAGCACGUUGAUUGCAGAUCUUGAGGAGAAAGUGCAGGAGUCAAGAAGCACGAUAAACACAUGCAAUGCUGAAAUCGAUUGCCUUACCUUGAAACAUCACACAGAAAUGGAAAAGGCUCAAAAUCUUCAGUGCCAAACUGAAAACCUGAAAGAGAAAAUCGAUGCGAUGUCUAAUGAGUCAGAACAGUGCAUAAAAAAGUUUGAAACGACGAUUGAUAGGAUAAAUAAGGAAAACUCCGUUUUGAUUCAUACAGUGGAAGAAAAAGAGAAAGAGACCAAAGCAAAAUCUGCUGAAUUUGAUGAACUUAAAAGUAGUUCGGAUGUAUGUCAAUCGCAGCUGAAUGAUAAGAUCCAAGCCCUCACUAAAGAAUUUGAGACGGUUCAGGAGGAGAAAGUAUCCCUCAUCACAGAGCUUGAUGUCGUGCGUAAAGAUUUAGAAGCAGUCAAUGGAGAAUACAAAAAGUUUAUGGAAUGCUCAGCGGCGGAUUUGUCAAUGCAGAAGGAAGAAAUUGGUAAUCUUAAAGAAGAAAGAGAGAUAAUGGAAGAAUCAAUAAGAAAGAUGAAUGAAGAUCUUUCUGGAGUUACUGUUGAGUUGCAUCAAAGAAAUGAGGAGGUCACUACACUCACUGCAGAAAAGGCUGAGCUUGCUGCAAUUAUUGAGAUAAAUGCUACAGAAAGUAAAGCAGAGUUGUUGUGUUUUGAAGAAAAAAGUAAGGAGGAUUUGGAAGCGAAGAAAACCGAAGUGCUUAAGAUCGAAGAAAAGUUGAAAGAGCUUGAGGCAGAAUGUGAAAAGAAGGUCAAUACUGUAAUUAGUGAUAUGGACAGUGCGAAAACUGAAAUAAAUGAGCUGGUUCAAAGGUUGAAUGAUGUGAGUAAGUUAUUAGAAGAUGAGAAAGCUACAACGAAAAUGGUGAAGGAAAAGAUGGACAGUACCACUUGUAAAUACGAAAAGGAAAUCAGUCAGUUGAAAAAUGAAAGGAUAUCUUUGGAAGAAAAUUUAAAUCUGCAACUAGAUGAGGCAAGAAAAAUUAUUGAGGCCAAAGAAACAGAACAUGCAGGUAUUAUUAAAGAAUUAAACUUGAAAUUUUCUCAGCGUGAAGUGGAGAUUGAAAGUUUUCAGAAAUCAAAUAAUAUGGAAAAGGGUGAUUUAAGCAAAGAAUGUAACAGUUUGAAGGAAGAGCUACUAGAGUCAACAGGAAGUCUACAUGCUGCAAUCGAGGAAUCUAAAAGGAAAGAGGAAAGUUGUGAGAUUCUUAAAAGGGAAGUAGAAGCAAUUUCUAUGAAGAUGAAACAAGAUGCCCAAGAAAUGACUGAGAAAUGGGAACUUGAAAAGAAAAGGCUUGAAGACCAAGUUGAGACUGAAAAAGAGAGCGUCAAAGUUUUUCAAGCUAAGUGGGAAGAGCAGAAGCGCUGUAACGAGGCGGACAGAAGUGAAGCAGCGAAUCUAAAGUCGCUCUUUGAAAAGCAACGAUCAGAGAAUGAAGAAGAGGUAAAAUCGUUGACAGAGACGCUGCGCAAAGAACGGGAAGGUUUUGGUGAACAGCGUAAAUCGAUGGAGAAGGAGUUAAGUGCACUUAAAUUAGCUUUGAAGGAAGAAACAGAAAGUAAGGUUAAGCAGUUGAAGGAGCUUGAACUUGCCAUUGAGAAUAUUCAAACAGAAAAUGGAGAAGGACUGAAAGAGGUUAUCGAGAAAGCAAGUCACGAAAAAGAGGAAUUACUCGAUGAAAACAGGAAAUUGAUUUGUACGAUUGACGAAGAGAGGCAGAAGAAAAUUGAGAUUGCUAACCAGGUAGAGUUAGAAAGGCAGGAGAGGCUUGAGCUUGAAAAGAGGUUGGAUCUUAUUAUCAGUCAAAAGGAAGAGGAGAUUACAAAAUUGCAAGAUACUCAAAAGUGCACUUUAAAAGCCUUAGAAGGAGAUAAGUGCCAGUUAGAAAAUCAUUUAUCUAUCACAAAGGAAAGAUUGAAAUUGGCAGAGACCAGGCUUAAAGAAGAGUUUCGCCGUGUUGAAGAUAUGAAAAAUGAAAUGAACACGCUUGUAGAAAACAGUGGAGAGGAGGUGAAAUGUCUUAUAGCUAAGCAUGACGCAGAGAAAGAACAGGUGCUCAAUGAAUUCAAUGUUCUUAAAAAUGAAUUUAACGUAGUUAAAGAUGAGCUUAAAGCAGUUAGUGAGCUGCUUAGCAUCGAGAAAGAGAGUACUUCUUCUUUGCAAAAUAAAAUUGAAAAGAUCAUCAAAGAGAAAGAUGAAGAAAUAUCAAGUGUAAAAGAAAAUCUAGAAAGUCAGAAAAAUUCUGCUGAGGAACAGCUCCAGGAUUCUGAAAAAGGUAUCCAGGCUAUUGAGGAAACAUUAUCAGAAACUAAAGCGCUUCUUGAAGCAGAAAAGAAGAAAUAUGAUCAAUUUGAAAAAGAACAUAGGGAGGUCUGUGAAAAUCACGAACGUGAAAAGAAAGAAAUGCUACUAAACUUUGAGACAGAGAAAGAAAACCUGAUGGAGAAGCUCGAAAACCAGGCUUCUGGUCUUCGUGAAGAAUUGGAGACUGUAUCAACAAAGUUUGAUGAAGAAAAAAUACGUGCUGCAGAGCUCUUAACAGAAAAGGAAAAUGAGUUGAAGUGCCACCAGGAGGAAGUUCAAAGGUUUCAAGAAGAACUAAAAUUCGCUAGAGAAUUGAGUGAAGAGUUAAACAUAAAAGGUCAAGAAGAGAAAGAAAGAAGAGAUUAUUUUAUGAAAAAUCUUGAGGAUGAUUUGAACGUGAAGACUACUGAGUAUGCAAAAGAGAAAGGGGAGCUGGUGUCUAAAUUGGAAGGUGUUGCCAAGGAAUCUGACGCUCUACGGGUGAAGGUUGAAGAGCUUAACAACAAAUGCAAGGAAUUGGUUGGUCAAUACGAGAUCAAGACGCAAGAAGCAGAAGAGGAGAAAGAAAGGAUCCUUGAAUUGAAUGAAAAGAUCGAGAAUCUCCAGACACAGUACGAUGCAGCAUUAGAUUUCAAGAAAGCAUUGCAGACCAUGCUUGAUUCAAGAGAAGAUGAAAACAAACUUGAACGUCAAAAGUUUAAAGACGAAAUUGUAGAUAGUGAGUGCCGAAUCGCUGAAAUAGAGAUGAAAUCUGAAGAAGCUGUCAGCGCUCUACAAGCAAAGCUGGAAGAGACUGCACGUGAGAGAAGCCAGAUAGAAGCUGAAAAGAUUGAUUAUCAGUUGAGGCUGGUAGAGGCAGAGAAAGCGAACCACGCCUUCGAGAAAAGUAUUGAUGCACUAAAGGAGAAGAUGAAGGAGGAAAUGUCUCUGAAGGAGACAGCAUUCGCAAAAGAGAGAGGAGUGCUUCAGACUUUGGCAGAUCGUGUUAGCAAGGAAGUCGAGAUCAAGAACGAACAGCUACAGAAAUAUGAAGCGAAAAUACAAGCUAUGGAGAAUGACUUAGAGUUCACGAAGUCGAAACUGCAAUCAACAGAAGCAGAGAUGGAGAAAAACUCUCGUAGCUUGGCCGUUGACGGACCAGAUGGAGAGCACAUUCGGUCUGCUCACUCUAAACGACGCCGAACGAUGCUGCCAUGUGACUUUGGCACGAUUGGUAAUGAUUCGAUUGUAGGUCUUGACGACCAAUCAACGCUUAUAUGCGAUGACCUGACGCUAAAAAGAUCACCAAGCUUGCGAUCUCUUAAUAUGAAUGAAGAAGAGAAAUUUGGAGGAUCAAUAACGUCACUAGAGAGUGUUGACAGCAUCAGAAGCACGUUUUCGCGAACGCGAAGUCUCCGUCGACAAAGUGGAAUUUCGUUUGGCAACCCUCGACGAAAGAGCCUGCUGUACAUGGCAGGGAGGACACCGCCUGAGCGACGCACAACUCUCUCUAUUCCAGUGCCUCAUCUUCCAGCCUGUCAAAUGGAAGACGAACCGGACAUUUUGGAAGACAAAGGCCUGAGCAGUGCUUUUGAACAAACAGCCAAGCCAACUAACUUUGAUAGUGAAUGGGAUCGUAUGAGUGAAUUAAAACGUCGAAACACUUUAUGUCUUCCGCAUCUGAAGUCAUCGUAUCCACUAGAAGUCAUCAAAGCGAAGGAUCUCAAUAGCACAAAGGAUGCUGAAUAUGAAACCACUCUCCGAAAUGGCCUUGAUAACACCACAUUGACGGACUUAAAUAAAACUAGAAAGAGGCCUUCAAACGAAACUGCGGUCAGCCAGCAGUCAAAACAAAAACGGUUCGAGACGGCAAGCUUCGCAAACGCGUCAACGCGACACAUUAAAUCAGAUUCAAAUAUAUCAACGCGUUCAAUGAAGAAGCAAGUUUCGGGUUCAGUUUGGGGUGACGUUUCCCGAAUUAAAGAGGAAAGCAUUCAAGAUUCCACCUGCGAUCCGAGGCGGGAGAGCGUCGCGUUUACCGUUUCCUUUGAUAAACCCGACAAUAAAAAGAUGAGGCGAAUGCACAAAAACGAGGCCAGCGAGGAUUCAAUGGAAAAGACAUUGGAGGCAUCUAAUGUGAAAGAUACUUCAACGCGUCAUGUUAAAUCUGAUUCAAACAUUUCCACUCGGUCCAUGAUAAGGCAGGGCUCGGAAAUGAUAUGGGGCGACGCCUCGCGAAUCAAGGAGGAAAGCGUCCUUGAUGCCACCAGUGACCCUAGGCGAGAAAGUGUUGCGUUUACCCUUUGUUUUGAUGAACCAAACAAAAAACUGAAGCCGCGCGCAAGUAUGAGAAGAUCGCGCGGAUCAUCUCAUUUAUUUACUGGUACAAGUACUGAGUCACUGUAUGCUUCACAAGAGUCUAUUGCUGCAAGACUUGCUGGCAAAAUGUUGCCAGGAAAAGACAAAGAGAAAAAUGCCAAAAAGCCGACGGGUAAAGAAAACAAAGGGGAAAAUCUUCAGAAAGGGUCAUCCAAUGCAACGCCGCUUAAAAGAUCUCAAUCAGAUAAGGCAACUUUGAAAUCACGCACAAGUAACUUACGAAAGUCAAUUAGAAAGUCGAUAUCAUCAAAAGUCCGUGGUGCAAAGGCAGCCCUGUGAAGAAAUGAAACUUGCUUCGAUCUUCUCAGUGUGUAUGAUGCUCUUAGUUACGUGUAAAUAUGGAUUUUUUGUGGAUGGUGUUAAGGUUUUCGUGAACCAAGGCAGAGAAAUGUUUAAUAUGUCGGUAGCUUAUGAUAUGUAGUUUCUUUUGAUUACCCAUUCACCCUAUGUUGAUCGUUUGUACAAAAUUCCACUCUACAAGAGUCAAUUUUUUAAGUUCUUAUUAAAUGACUGCCCAGGAAACCCCACAUCAACUAGUACAUUAGGGGCAUCUUUGCAUGCAUCCUAACUCGUACCCAGAUCCGAUAAGCACAUGGUUUCAUCGAUAACUUCCCAUGUGCGUUAACCUUACUCUACUAUAAAAAUACAACAAACAGUGUGUUUUUAAAAUAAACUUUUUGGUGAUUGUUACAUUUUGCAAAUGUCAUUUUGGCGUGAAAAUAUUUUGUGUUGCAUUUUCCUUUUCCGUGUAAAUAGCGAUUAAAAAGCACUGAUAGAUUUAGGGGGAAAUUACACGUCUGUAGUUAUUGUAGAAUAGAAAUACAGUAGUAACGGGCUCCCGUUCUUCGCUAUCGAUCCUUGAUAAUUACGGAUCAGUUUGUUGGGCGCCAAUUGACCGUUGCAGCUAAAUGUUCCGUUUGACUAGAUGUUUUAGGGAUCACUCUAUUGACUCGGUGACUGUUUCAAAUUGUCACAUCGUUAUUGAGCAGUUGCAGAGACAAGUUCUUAUGGAUUAUUUACGCGAAGAACAUUUUUUUAAGAUAAUUUAAUGUUUGCUUUGGGUGUUUUAAAGUAUAUUAGCGUAUGGUAAAAAUGAUGUUGUAUUUUCUUGCUGGGAUGUCUCUCGAGUUUUUUUGUUUUUAAUAGAAGAAACAUCAUUUCCUUCAGUCGUCAGAUGGGCAGGCAUGAAUAGCUAAGCAGUUUCGGUCGAUUUUCAAAUUAUUCAAGCUCAGUUGCCUCUUUUCCCCUGAAACAAUAUUUGAAAAACACCCCAGCCAUCAUAGUUUCAAAAGUAAGUGACAUUCGAAUGGUGCAUUUCUUCAGUGAGUGACUUUGGAGGUUAAUUCAACAUGAAGUAACAAUUUUAUAAUCUUUUAAAUGCUUAGGCGUCACAGAUCUGAAUCAUGCAGAAUACGAGAAUCAUGUCUUACCAAAACACAACGCAAACUUAUCUUAGAAAAAACUUACUAAAUUGAAAAACGUUUUCGCCAUUCUGACAUCAGCCACAGGUGCUGUGAUUUGCUUACGUGAUAUUGUCUCGCUUUUCCCGCCACAGCCUCGGACUGAGAAGACCUCGUAUCCGUGUAACUUCGAAAUCGUAAAUUUCUUGUUAUCUGUACAAAACACUGGAUUAAUGGUAACAAGUCGAUAAUUCCAGUUGAAGUCUGGAUCCCGCUUUCUUUCACUUCCUGAAGUUAUUUUCUUACAGUCUUAAUAAAUU